AUGUCUCAAAGCCUUCGCAUUGUCUUCGCCGCCGACGAGGCUGGCCAACCCUACAAGGACACCCUCAAGUCUAUCCUCGAGAAGAACCCCAAUGUUAGCGAGGUCCUCGACGUUGGUGUCAACUCUACCUCUGACAAGACCGCCUACCCUCACCCUGCCGUCGAGGGUGCCAAACUCAUCCGAGAUGGCAAGGCUGACCGUGGUCUCUUCAUCUGCGGCACGGGCCUGGGAGUUGCCAUUUCCGCCAACAAAGUGCGCGGUAUCCGUGCUGUGACUGCCCACGACUCUUUCUCCGUUGAGCGCGCCAUCCUCAGCAAUGACGCCCAGGUUCUCUGCUUCGGCCAGCGCGUUAUCGGCCUUGAGCUGGCCAAGCGCCUCGCCAACGAGUGGGUGACCUACAAGUUCGACCCCAACAGCUCCUCUGCCCCUAAGGUCCAGGCCAUCAAGGACUAUGAGCAGGAGUUCGCUCAGUAG